AUGGCGUUUCCUGUUAAUUUUAACGGACGUAAAUACGAUUUGAAACAAUUCUUACGUGACCACCCCGGGGGCGUGAACACGUUAAAAAUGUUCAAAGGGCAGUCUGUCGGACAGGUUAUGGAAAAAUAUGGACACAGUACCAGUGCUUAUCACAUGCUAAACGAUUUUAAAGUGGAAAAUGAACUGAAAGAUUACAAUUUGAGCGGUAAAGUCAGCGAUAAUGGAAGAAUUAUUACAAAUGAAGAAAGCCGUCGAGAUGUUAAAGAAAUUGCAUUUUUAGAAGAGUUAGAGAAUAGACUGGAUUGGUCAAAACCAUUGCUCUCACAACUAGACGCCAUUGCGCCUCACUAUCAGAAAUGGGUGAACAGUGCCGUCUACAGAAAAUGCAGAUUAUUCAAGAACCCAAUUCUUGAGAGCUUGACGUACACGCCAUGGUAUCUAGUGCCUAUGUUUUGGAUUCCUAUAAUUUUGUAUUUGGGCUUUGUACAGUUUUUGGAACACGUCUGUUGUGGAGAUUCGUGUACCAGCAAGUCUCUAACAAUCACUCAAUACCUCUUUCACGUCGCGUUAGGGGUCGUCAUAUGGACAGCACUGGAGUACAGCCUACAUCGAUGGGUUUUUCAUUUGGAUCCUGGAGCUUCUGUUACUAUGAUUAAGAUUCAUUUUUUAAUACAUGGAAUGCACCAUAAGAGUUGCUCGAGUAAAGACCGCAACUGGUCAACGCCUUCGAGCUGUGCGAUCUUUGUACAGCCUCGAGCUGCCCUGUGCAGAUGUUAUCUGACUUAUGACAUGAUACACUACUACGUGCACCACGGCUCGCCGAAGGACGGCACGUAUCUCUACGCGAUGAAGCGGUACCAUUCCAAUCAUCAUUUUGUUAAUUAUGACAAAGCUUACGGAAUCAGCAGUAAAAUAUGGGACCACGUAUUCAAGACUGUAGUACAAGUAAGAACACUAGGCUUUAGUUUACACUGGUGAUUAGUAAACAAUUUAUUAAGUAUAAAUCACACUUAUUAUCCCACGA